ACGACUUGACAACAAGACAUGGAAAGUAAAUUGGUCCUCAGUUGAAGUCGGCAGUGUUCUACAUUUUGUGACAGAAAAUGAGUGAAAAACACGUGCAAAGCUUGUAACAAAAUACUAAUUUGUAUAUAUAUUGGUAAUUUGAUAGAAACUAGCGCCUGAAAAUGCCAGUUUACAUUCGUAAAAAUAUCAGUUACACUCCCCCGUCGCUGAAAAAUUUUGAAGGUGACGACGACAACGACGAUGAUUUUAUCACAGACCCUGAGCAGAUUCGCGACUCACUGCCCCAGCCCUACCGCAUGUUGGAUAAAGUGCUGGGAAACAUUCUGGAUGAUGUCUGGAUGACGAUCGCAGCCAGAGAGGAUGAACGUUUGGCAGAAAGCAACUUGCUCCGCCCUCCAUGCUAUGAAUGUUCAGUUCAGUUGAAAACUUUGGCCAAAGCCACUUGUUUGUCCAACACUGAAGAUGGUCAGUUUGUUUUUGCGGGUCUGCCAACUGGACUAGCAGCUAUAGAAUCUAGCAGUCAGAAGGUGUUGGCCACAUGGGAAGAUGACAGUGUGGAAAUUGUCCAGAUCAAAACAUCCUUGUUAUCCACUAACAUGUACCUUCUUUCAACCAUAGAUGACAUGGGUUUAGCAAGAUUGUUUGCUUACCAUGCUGAAUCUUUCUAUUUGUUGAAGCUGUUGAAUGAAAAGGACAGUACUUCAAGUAAGAUUAUUGCUAGCCAGUGUGAAUCAUCACAAGCUGGAGACUAUGUGGGAGUGGUGUUGGAAACUUCUGCUUCAGGGGACUUGUGGCUAGAGGUUCAUCGUUUACCAAAAGAUGCGUGGAUCAAAGAGCUGGAGAGUGCAGUGCCAAAGAAACCCUCUAAUACACAGUUAGAUCAGCCCCAGUCAAUGCAGCAGGUACUUGUAGAUAACUCCCCCAUCACUGUGGAGAUCUCAGAAGACCCAGACAACCCAAGUAAUAGAUCCCCUGGGCCUAAUGCCAGAACCAAGUCAGCCAAAGGCACAGAACGUAACUCCAUGGACACAUCUCCCACCAAGAGGAGGAAAUCUCCUAAAGCUAGAAACAAGUCAGCAAAAGGAUUGGAUCGUAACUCACUGGGCCCAACAUCAACCAUGAACAAGAAAAGAUCUCAAUUACAGGCUGAUGGUAUUGCAUCUGCUCCUUCCAAUCUGGCUACGGCAGAAGGUUCCAUCAAAUUCUCACAACCCACAAUUGUACUGAAGGUGAAACCUCCUGUGGAUCCCCAAGGAAUUAUCAUCAAAACCGCACCAAGUGUGAGCUUAAGGAAGGGGUCAGCUACACCAGGUUUGACGCUACUCCAGGCGAGCAAAGCUGCGGACAAUCCUGAUGUCAUCGGAACAGGCACUCAGCAUUUGUUGAGUCAGCAGCAUCUAGACCAGAGACAGGCCAUGUUUGAGCAGUGUCACGAAGAGGUGAAGUGUUUUAUGUCAAGAGCGCAAAGAUGUGCUGGGAGAAGAUCAGCUGUCACGCCACAACCCACCUUUCAUUUUUUGAAUGCGGGACGGUUGAUGACCACUGGUAUAGAGCAAACUGGACAGGCAGACCGGUGUUUGUCUGUGUGCGUCUGGUGGGCAGCCACCUCACAGCUGUAUCAUUAUGCACUUCUCAAGGGAGGCAAAGAUAUAGAGUAUAAGGCUGAUAUUGUUUGGCCCUUUUCCUGUGCCAUCACCAGUACUGCCGUCUCCCCUUGUACCUCACUGAUGGCUAUAGGGCUAGAUAAUGGGAACAUUGUCAUCUGGGACUUGUGUAUAGGCAUUCAGCGUGGAGUGAUGGACAUAUCAUCGUCUCCUGUAAAACAAAUCCACUUUCUGGAGCCGUCCAUUUGUCCUCAGAACACUGAUGGUGUAGUGGUGUUUGGGAAGAAGACAGCGUUUUACCUGCUGGUGCUGUGUGCAAACAGCUCGGUGUUCUUGAAGCGGUGUGGCGGUGCUCUCAGUGAAGUCUCCAGGCCAGUGCAACUAACACAGAGUUCUGAAGAUGGAGAGGCAGUCACCUUUCUGAAACCAUUGACUUCUCUUCCUAGACUGGUUCUGCAAGUCCUGAGAAAUGGCAGCAUUUAUCUGCAGGAUGUCAUCAGUGGUCAGCUGAUCUGUCAGGUGACCCUGCCCAAGUCACAUGACAUGGCAACACCCUGGCAACCACUCAUAGCCCUUGGAGGUGGAGGCAAGAUGAUGUAUGUCAAAGGUAACCCAGCAGAUACCAACCCACAAUGUGAGGAUGACACUAUGCCCGACACAGACAAAUCUGUGUUUGUCUUCCAACUCCGAUCAUUUCCCACUUUAGAUAAGUUUUGGCAGAUGGAGAACCCUGAGGUGCCAUUUGUGUUACCAAGUACAGCCAGCACACAAGUACAGGUCCUCAUGCACACAAGGAUGAUUCAGCAAGUUGCCAGGAAGAGUCGAUUAGUGGGUCGUUGGAGUCAAUACACCAAAGAGCUGGCCCAGAUCAGAGAUAACAGAAACAAAAGGUUGCUGGUCUCAGCAAAGUCAUCAUUUAAAGACACUGGCAGAGGUAGGACCACAGAAGGUGAAAUGAAUGUGCGCAAUAGUCAAAUGCUUGCAGCUUUAACAUGUAGUGUAUUACAUACAUGCCCUUCCUAAGUGCAUCUGUGUAUUUAUUAUAUGUAUACAUGCAUAUCUGUGUGUUAGAGUUUAUGCCAGACUUCUGUGUACUAGUUUUAAAAGUACAUGUACUUUUCUCCUAUAUUUGUGUACUGUAUUUCACCUAAAGUUUAACAUGUCAAAAUGCACUUUCAGAAGCACAUAAAGGCCUCAAAAUGGCACUUUUGAUGCCAACACUUAAUUUUUUCUUAUAAUACAUUGAUCAAACUUCACAAAAAACUUCACUCUUAAGUAACUCUACAUGUAUAAGGUGAAUGAAUCAAACAAAAAAAAAAAGAAAAAUGUGUCACUUAAAAGUACUAGACAGUAGGUGAAAUACAGUAACCCUUGCAUGGUACUUAUCUUCCUCUGCUUGUAGCAUGACAAUAUGUUUGCAGUGUUAGUGAAUAAUUUAUUUCGGCAAUAUAUGAGUAGACAGAUCUUCUGUGUUUAUUGCUGACAUCCUGGUGACUAGUAUUAACAUUUCUGAUACUUUCAAUUGAUCCUUAUGUUGUUGUCAAGAACAUUUCCUGAUGUGUGCGAAACCAAUGUGUAGGAAACCAACACAUCUUGUCAGUUACUUGACACACCUGCUGAUUAAUGCCACAGCCAAUCAAGUCAGAGAUGAAAUAGAGCAUGAUACCUGAUUGAUCGAAGACUAUAACUGCCGAGCAGUGCAAUUGCUCCUCUAAUGAGAUUCUCGAUGUUACUCAGACGUGUGGCAAUAGAUAGUUGUUCUGGAGUUCCACAUGGAAUAUUAGUGGUGUCGUGAUAGCUUUUUUUUUAUUAAACUUUGUAGUGCUUUUGAUUUACUUACUUGCAGAUUGUUUUGGAUGCCAUGUAUAUCUAUAUGCAAAAGUGUAGCACUAGCUGUUUACUCAUGUUGUAAUUUUAAUGAAUAUAGUACAGUUUAAACCAGUACCAAAGAUAGCUCUUUGCUGAGUGGUAAUUUUAAUGGAUACAGUAAAAUUCAAACCCUUAGCAAACAGAGUACUUUCAGUAAUACAUUCAUGUCUGCAUGUACAUGUGAUUGAUGUUGAAAUGCUAAAAGUCAACACAUGUGCACUUAGAUUUCGCACCCUUUAUAUGGAGUUUCAUCAUGUAUGGAUAGUUCCCUGUGAUUACAAGCUGUCUCUGUGGCAUUUGUAUGCCCCCUGUGUGGUGCAUGACAUCAUCUAUUGUUUGGAGGACAACUUUCAUGAGUGUUCACCCUCAUGCACGACUUAAGUAGU